AUGAGCUUCUCGCGCGCGGGGCUCGACCGCGACCGGAGCCGCGGCGGUCGACGCGCGCCGCUGUCGACGCUCUCGUCGUCGCCGUGGGGCAACUCGUGCGCGAUCGUCUCCGCGUCGACGUCGUCGUCCGGGAUGACGCGCGUGGACGCGCUGCUGAAGCGCGACCGCGCGCCCGCGGUCAGGUCGACCGCGAAGAGCCGACUACGGAGUGGCGCGAAUAACGACGCGCGAACGGCGCGCGCGGCGACGACGGCGACGGCGACGACGACGGCUGCGACCGGCGGCGCGCGGGGGCGGACGUCGUCGACGACGAGAACGACGACGUCGAGCGCGUUCCGUUCGUCCGCGGACGACGACGUCGGCGUCAGGUCCAGGGCCAUGGCUGAGAUGCUGAAGGCGACGUUGACGACUGGCAGAACUCAUAACAGAUUUCGCGAUGGGUACCGGUGGCGUUUCCCGUCGCCGCCGUCGUCGCCGCCGCCGAGCGAGAACGGCUCGAACCUCUACGAACUCUCCGACGACGAUGACGACGACGACGACGAUACCGAUACCGACGCGCGCGCAGAGUACGACUCGUACCCUCGAGGCGCGCUCCCGCCGACGCCGAGCGCGGCGUCCGCGUUUAAUCUCACGCCGCCGCCGCCGACGACGCCGCCGCCGCCGACGCCGCCGUCGCCGUAUUCCCGACCGGGGAUCGCCGACGAGUGCUCGCGCGUGUUGGAAAGCGCGUCGGACGAGAUGUCCGCGGUGGUGUCCGAGGCGUUCAGAUGGGGCCGGCCGCCGACGGAGGACGCGCGGCCGCCGGCGGCGGCGGCGGCGGCGACGACGAAGGGGUCGAACGAGGCCGAGGCGGCGUCGUCGUCCAAACCGUCGUCGUCGUCGAUGCUCGUGUCGUCGCCGUCGUUCGCAGCGUUCGGUCGCGGCGCGCGGCGACGAUACGACGACGACGACGACGGCGACGACGGCGACGUUUCAUCUUCCGCGGCGGCGGCGGGCGCGGCGGCGCCGUCCCCGGAGCCCGCGCCCAGAGUUCUCUCCUACGGAAUCCAAACGUCGUCGCGCGAGGACGCGAACCGUCGCGAGGAUACGAACCGUCGCGAACCGUCGCGGUCGAUAUCUCCCGAGAAGAAGAUCAUCACCAUCACGACGACGAAGAAGAAGACGUUCACGCCGACGCCCGCGAGCGGGUCGGCGGCGGCGUCGGCGGCGGCGGCGGCGGCGCGGCGGAACGCCAAAGCCGCCGGCGCGUCCGCGUCCGCGGCGUCGGACGCCUCGUCGCCGCGGUCGACGUACCUCGCGCGACGUACUAAAACCGAGACGCGCGCGCGCACGCGCUUCGCGGCGAACGAAGAGGACGAGGUGCGGUCGAAAGAGGCGACGGCGGCGGCGGCGACGACGACGACUCUGGCGGCGGAGAGGCAACGACGCGGAGAAGCAGACGCGGCGGCGGCGGCGGCGGCGGCGACGGCGGAACGGCGCGCGUCCGCCGCCUGGCGCCGUCGCCGCGCGGCGUCGGCGCUCCGCGCCUGGCGCGACGCGACCGCGGGCGCGCGCGGACUGCAUCUCAUCGCCGACGUCCUCGCGUGCGGGGUCGCGCGAGCGAGGGGACGCGCGGCGUUGCGCGCGUGGUCGCGCGUCUCCGCGGCGGCGACGUUUUUCAAAUAUCGCGUCUGUCCAAAGCGCGUCGCGUUCGCGCGGUGGGUCGCCGUCGAGAGGGAAGCCGCCGCGAUGUGGACCGCGGGGGAGCACCGCGCGCGACGGCUCGCGGGAGGGGCGCUGACCGCGUGGCGGCGGGUCGCGUGGCGGCGGCGGCUCGUGAGGGCGCGAGCGGCGGAGAGGUGGCGCGCGGCGCUUCGGGAAUGGCGCGGCGUCGCCUUCGCGGCGGCGCGCGACGCGGAUCGGUCCGCGAAAUCUGCGCUGCUGACGUGGCGCCGCGUCGCGCGCGCGCGCGCGCGCGCGCGCGACGCCGUGAACGCACAUGUGGCGUACAGGGAUUCGAUGACCGCGUCCAGGUGUCUCAACGCGUGGCUGAGAAUGGCCAAGUACCGCCGCGCGUUUUCGCGCCAAGUCCUCCCGGACGUCGUCGGCGAGGUGCACUUGCUUCGAACGCUGAGGCGCUGCGCGGCGCGCGACCGCGCGAAGCGCGCGCUGAUUCGAUGGUACCGCAACGUCCGAAACGCGCACCUAAUCGCGCUCGCGCACUGGGCGACGGCGCACAUGCGACGCGCGACCAGACGAUGGAGGGCCGUCGCCGUCGCGGCGGCGGCGCGGCGGCGGCGGCGGCGCGACGCCGCGUUUUGCGCGGCGACGGCGUCGCACUUCGCGAUCGUCCACCGCGCGAUCGAUCUCCACGGGAUGCACGAGACGUGCUUGGAGCGCGGGGUGCUGACGCCGUCGCCGAUGGCGGCGGCGCCGCGCGAAAGAGUAGGGAGGGUACCGCGGCCGACGGCGAGAGAACGACGGCGUCCGGCAGCUGCGGCGGCGGCGGACGUCGACCUCGACGGAUUAUAUGCCGCGGAUAUGAUCACCCCGCCGGGGGCGAGGCGCGCCGCGCGGGCAGAGAAAGAGAAGGAGGAAGAGCGGCGCGCGAAGACGACGACGCCGAUGGAUAGGUUGUUGGAGCUCGCCGCGAGCGCGAAGGGGAGCCCGGCGACGCCGGGGAUGGGGAUGGUGUUCGGAUGA